AUGCCGCCAGCCUCACUUGCCACCAGCCUCAGUUGCCGCCAGCCUCAGAUGCCACCAGCCUCAGUUUCCACCAGCCUCAGUUGCCGCGAGCCUCAGUUGCCACCAGCCUCAGUUGCCACCAGCCUCAGUUCUCACCAACCACAUCUGCGACCUGCCUCACUUGCCACCAGCCUCGGUUGCCACAAGCCUCAGAUGCCGCCAGCCUCAGUUGCCACAAGCCUCAGUUGCCGCCAGCCUCAAAUGCCGCCAGCCUCAGUUUCCACCAGCCUCAGUCGCCGCGAGCCUCAGUUGCCACCAGCCUCAGUUGCCACCAGCCUCAGUUCUCACCAACCACAUCUGCAACCUGCCUCACUUGCCACCAGCCUCGGUUGCCACAAGCCUCAGUUGCCGCCAGCCUCAGUUGCCACAAGCCUCAGUUGCCGCCAGCCUCAGUUGGCACCAGCCUCAGUUGCCACCGGCCUCAGAUUCCACCCGCCUCGGUUUCCACCAGCCUCGGUUUCCAGCCUGUCUCAUUUGGCACCAGCCUCAGUUGCCACCAGCCUCAGAUGCCACCAGCUUCACUUGCCACCAGCUUCACUUGCCACCGGCCUCGGUUGCCCCAAGCCUCGGUUUCGAGCCUGUCUCAGAUGCCACCAGCCCCGGUUGCCCCAAGCCUCGGUUUCGAGCCUGUCUCAGAUGCCACCAGCUUCAGUUGCCAACAGCCUCGGUUUCCAGCCUGUCUCAGAUGCCACCAGCCUCAGUUGA